AUGAGCAACGAUGAACCACCCACAGCCUUCGAAGGCUGGGUCGGCCAUUCAGCAACAUCCCCUCUGACCUUCACCACCUUCAAACCCAAGCCCUUUACUCCAUUCGACGUGGACAUCAAGAUCACCCACUGCGGCAUCUGCGGCUCCGACAUCCACACCCUACGCUCAGGCUGGGGCCCAACAAACUACCCCUGCGUCGUCGGCCACGAGAUAGUCGGCCACGUCGUGCGCGUAGGAUCCGCCGUGAACACGCUCUCCUCGCCGUCCAAGGAUCUCAGGGUCGGCGACCGCGUCGGCGUCGGCGCACAGUGCAAUUCCUGCCUGAAACCGGACUGUGAAGAAUGCGUGUCCGGGCUCGAGCACUACUGUCCGCGCAGGACGGGGACGUACAACGGCAAGUUUCCCGACGGAAGCAAGUCAUACGGCGGAUAUGCGCGAUACUGGCGAGGUCCGGCUUACUUCGUCUUCAGGAUCCCCGACGCAUUGUCUAGCGCGGUAGCUGCACCGCUUCUGUGUGGUGGAAUUACCGUAUUCUCGCCUUUGCUAAGGAAUGGUGCGGGUCCGGGCAAGUCUGUGGGUAUCAUUGGUAUCGGUGGAUUGGGCCAUAUGGGCCUACUUUUCGCUAAAGCCAUGGGAUGUGAUCGCGUCGUGGCGAUCUCGCGUAGCAAAUCAAAAAGAUCAGACGCUUUGAACGGGCUGGGCGCGGACCACUUCAUCGCCACAGAUGAGGAUAAGGAUUGGGCUAAGAGAAACGCGAAUUCUCUUCACUUUAUCAUCAGCACCGUGUCGUCGGGCAACGUCCCGCUCGCACAGUAUCUUAGGUUGCUCAAACGUAAUGGACAGUUUAUUCAGGUCGGAGCACCAGAGGAACGUUUUCCGUCCUUCAAUGUUGGGCCAAUGAUUACAAAGGGCACCGUCAUUGCGGGAUCCCAGCUUGGUUCUCCCGAUGAAAUUCGACAAAUGCUUGACUUGGCGGCUCAGAAGAAAGUUCUGCCAUGGAUCCAAGAGAGGAGUAUGGAUGAUGUGAAUAAUGCCUUAGUAGACAUGGACGCAGGGAAAGCACGAUACCGAUAUGUCUUGGUUAAUUCGCCUGAAGGCGUAGCGAAGCUAUAA